UCCAACUUGUUCUUCUAUUUAGUCUCCUUUACCCUCCCUGUUUUCCAUUUUUACUUAUACCCAAUUGCCCAAUUCAAUCUUUCUGCUUAAUUGCCAUUGGAGCUUUUUAUUACCCUACAAUUUGCUCAACUUAAUUUCAACUAGUUCUUCUUCUUCUUCUCCAUUUGGGUAAUUGUUAAGUGUUAAGAGAUAAAUAUGACAGAAUGGUAUUAUGGACAUGAUGGUAGUGAUCUACUUGUUGUCAAUGAUCAAGAGUACUUUGACAGGCUUCCAUCACCUGAUAGUUGGUUGCAGUGGGAAACAAGUGGAACUGGAGGGAACUCUGCUUGGUCAAACACGUUCGAUUCUGAUAACCUUGUGAAUAAGAAACCUCAGCAACGUACGAUGUUUAGUAAAGCGGGAAACAAAGAGAUACGUCAAGCGGGAAACAGGCUUCCAUCAUCUGAGGACUCUUAUUCUAUCAGGACUUCUGCUGCUGCUGCAGCAAGUGUUGGGCCGGACUACUACAAUGAUCUGAUAGCACCUGAUUCAGCAGAUGACAUAUUCUUGAGUUCCUUGCUCAAUGAUGAUGUCGUCCCAUUACAAUCUAUCUACCUUGCAGGACCAUCGAAUAGUAAUUCAAUAAACAAAGUGAUGGAUUUUCAGAGCAAGUCUUGUGAUACGAAUAAGCUGGUGCAGACCCAUGUAUCAAAAUCUGUGUCUGGAAACAGGUCAGAUCAGAGUUUUAGUCCAUCAGUAAAGGUACCGGAGACUAUGGACUUGGUUCCUUCUGAUUACAAAGCCUCUGGUACAUUAGAUGUUAAUGUUAUGUCUUCGCUUGAAGAAUCAGUGCUGACAAAGCUCGAGAAUGUUCGAAACCAGUUGAAUGACAAGACUAGACUUUGCCUGCGAGAUUCCUUAUACCGACUUGCUAAGCACUCAGAGCAGCAAACAUCAGGAAAUGAUCUUGUUGAAGGCUUUUCUUUCGAUGAGCAUUCAUUUCCUAGUGGAGUGUGUUUAAGGUCAGGAGUAAUGGAGGGAGCUGAAGCAGGAACCAAUUGUAUUGACAGGACUGUAGCGUCCCUGAUGUUUAGCAAAGUUGAUGCAAAUGUACAAGAUCAUCUUCCUGUGUUGUUGCCUGAAUUUGCGCAGAGGGACACAUACUUUACUGCAACGGGAGCAUAUGACUACAAUGAGGCAGCCCUGGCAACCUCUGAUCUAUUGGCUCAAUGUGAAGUUCCUGUCUUAAGCCAACAAACAUAAGGUCACUCCAAUCCGAAUGCAUUCUGAAUUUCGACAAACACAAUGUAGAUACUGAUGUACUUAGCAGCUUCUUCUUAGGUCAGUUUGCAGGUGCACUUAAGCUGCAUUUGUUGAAGUUUUGAUUUUUACUGUAUUUGAGGGUGUUAAUUAAGUUUUUGUUUUCUAAUGUGCUCUUUUUUUGUAUACAUAAAUGGCUUCAUAAGAAGAAUAACUUCGUGUGAUGUGUGAAUAUGUCAUAGAUUUUGAACUUCAUUCAUUACCUACGAAUUAACAUCAUUUGUUUUUUUCAA